AUGGCAAACGGAGAAAUCAUUAUGAGCACUGAGAACCUGGAUUAUAGAGGUACGAGUUGUGGACUGGGAGAGUUUACGAGUCCCUCAUCUCUCCGAAACUCAUUAAGGCGCCAAAAAGAACCUUUCUGGAUUCAGAACAUAAGAUUUCAGUUGCAAGAACAACUGAAAUGUUUGGACAUUCGUCUGGAGAAUCACGUAGCAAUGCUGGUGGAGAUUCAAGACUUCUACAAGAGAAGGGCGGAGGUUGAGCAGGAUUACAGCAAGAAUAUGGACAAGCUGGUCAAACAAAUUGUCUCCAGGCACAGAGCAGACAAACGAGAGACAUGGCCCGGCUACUCGACCUACUCCAUAUGGCAGACCCUGCUGAGCACCACGAAGAAACUCGGCAAGGACCACGGCGUCUUGAGUGAGUUGUACGCCAACCAGAUGGUUUUCAGGGUCAGUGAGCUGGCAGAGGACACCCAGAGGAUAUAUAAGAAGUCCAUGAAGACGUAUCACAUCUACCAUGGUGAGAGUCAACACGCCGAGAACAAGUUUCGACAGAUAGAGAACCAGAGAAUAAAAACAGAAAAUAGCCACUCAGGCAAAGUUGUUUUAACCAGACGGUUCAGAAAUAUUGAGAAACAAUCUGAAAAGAGGCAGUUGAAAUAUAUGGAAAGUCGGUUGAGAGCAGUGAAGGCAAGAAACGAGUACCUACUCUGUCUGGAGGCAGCCAAUGCAUCCAUGAACAAAUACUUCUCAGAUGAUCUGCAUGAUCUCAUCAACACGAUGGAUUAUGGUUACCACAGUACACUGAGUCGAGCUGUCAUGUUGCACGUGUCCGCUGAGAACAACAUGAUCCAAUCGAGGAAUGGGUGCCUGGACCUCUUCAACAAGCGAGUCAGGGAUCUGGUGCAGAAGUCGGACAAACAAACGUUUCUUGAUCUCUUUACACAACCCUUCCUGCCCCCGAAGCCGUUCGAAUUUCAAGCUCACAAAGGAGACGAGAUCAACCAGUUGUCCGGUCAGAAGUCCGUACAGGAAGAUCUCGUUGAACGUCUUCGAUCCAUUGCUGAACGUCUUAAUGCUCUCAAAGUUGAAAAUGAUGAGGCUAGGAUGAUUACUUUUUUUCAUAUAUGGAAAACGUUAGAAACGACGGACAACAGGUUCCUGGAGAUGGUGACACACAAGGAUUACGACGUGACCAGGUACUUCCAGGACGACUCGCCACAAACUCCAUGCUCUCCACUUGAAAGAGACAAACUUCGGUCCGACCAGCUGGAAACUGAAGAGUAUUAUUUGAAUAAAUUCCACGACUACCAAACGACGAACAAUUUGAUAGCCCGCCUGCAAGCCAAGUACAACUGCAUCGAGAAGGCACUUAGUGACAACAACUGCUCUGCCCUUGCGUCUAUCGGAUUGUCUGCAGUUCCACCAAAGCCAAAAAGACGGAAGGUGCUUGGCAAGGCACCUCUGGCAGGCCAGCCACAACUUUUUGGGGGUACUGUCGUUGAAUAUGUUGAGGCCAGUGGUGAAGAAAUUCCUCUCAUUGUGAGGAGUUGUGUCCGAAUUAUUAAUCUUUACGGUAUGCACCAUCAAGGCGUGUUUCGAGUUUCAGGCUCUCAGAUCGAGAUCAAUGAAUUCAAGAAUCAAUUUGAAAGAGGUAUUGAUCCUCUUCCUGAUAAAGUUGACGGUAAGGACAUGAACUCUGUGGCAGGCGUUUUAAAGUUGUACUUUCGUGAACUCCGAGAACCGCUUUUUCCUUUUGCGAUGUUCCAAGAACUCAUCAACUUCAUUUCUGUCAAUUCUUUCAAUAAUCCAGACGAUCUGCCAGAAAGCAUCUCGAGACUGAAGCAUUUGCUGCUAACUUCACUCCCUCGUCCAGUCAUCAUACUUAUGAGAUAUCUCUUCGCUUUCUUAAACCAUUUGUCAGAAUUCAGUGACGAGAACAUGAUGGACCCUUACAACCUGGCCAUUUGUUUCGGACCCACUCUCAUGCCCGUACCCCCUGAGUUGGACCAGGUCCUCUACCAAAGUCACGUGACUGAGUUAGUGAAGAACAUCAUCCUCUACCAGGACGAAGUUUUUCCUCGGCAGAUGGACGAAGAGAAUAAGGAUAGUGGAGGGACGAUCUACGAGAGGUGUGAAGUUCAAGUCGAAGGGAGGCCGACGAUCGUAUCAGAGGCGUUAUCUGAUGAGGAGGAAAUCAUCGAGGACAUCAUAAGCGAGGAUGAACUUGAUGUGACGGAGGCGUUGGCUCUCUUCGAUUUUCAUGGUCGUACUGAUCGUGAGCUCUCCUUCAAGAAAGGUGAUACGCUUAUUGUUUAUGAGAAGGUCUCGCCUGAUUGGUGGGAAGGGGCCGUGGGUGAUAAAGAGGGUUUGUUACCCGACAAGUACAUAUCCGUUCAAACCAGAAACAAAUAUGGAACAUUUAAGAGCCAGGAGGAGGACAAGUUUAAAUCAACUGAAUCCCUGCCUCUCAAGUCCUACACGUUGUCCGUUAUCAGGUCUGAUGACCUUUCGCCCAUGUCUGCCUCUCAUCCUAAUUUGGAAUUGCGGCACCAAGUUAGCGCGGGAAACAUCAACAAUAACAACAAUAAUAACAACAGAUCGCUCGGUUCCAAUUCUACAAGUAGCUCAAACUCUUCUCAGCUGACAAACAGCAACGACGACGACAUGUCCACACUUAAAAUCCUCACAGCUUACAAACCGGAAGUUAAAGAUGGCGGAAGUAAUGACGGAAGUGGAGGCGGCCUAGUUAAUCAACGAAAAAAUAAACCGUUUGAAACUUUGAGAACCAAAAUGAAAUCACCUGAUCCUCCAAAACUACCUGACCGCUCGUCUUCUGAGAUCGGCAAGACGGUAUCCUCCAACUUUCUUCCAUCACCGCUGCAUCAGCAACAUAUCACACAACUGCCACAACAUCAACACCAUCUUCCUCAUCAACAGCAUUCAACUAAUAAAGAUGACUGCCUACAUCAUCUUUCUACUGCAAUGACUAAAACGCAUUUAAAAAUGAACGUGGAAUCUAAUACUGAAGACUUGGCAAACGACAUAGACAUGGCACUGGCGGAAGUGAUGUCAGGUAUCCAUUCGUUGGGACUGCAAGUACAAGGAUUGGAUGAUUUCAAGCGCACCCCUGAUCUUGUCAUUGAUCUCCCGCAAAACAGCAUGCUCCACCAAACUUCACCAAAAACACCGUCGACCAUAGCAGCAACGUCAAGGGCCACGACAACAACCACCGCGAAUGAUGACUCAUCAAAUGUCCUCACAACUGCAGAAGUCUUUGCCAAUGCAGAUCAGUGUACAAUCAAAAAAGGCCAGGGUAUUGCCAUUGUUUCUAAAACUCAACAAAAUCAACACCAACAGCCACAAAUACCUUCAGUUCAAAAAAACACAGAUUCUGGUGUUCAGGUUAGGAGGCAACAAUUCACCGACAAGAAGUAUGCCACACUCGGACGAGCUGAAACUAAACAUCUGUCAGCCCGACAAAAUGAUUUUGAUGCUGGAGAUAGAAAUAGUUUUGGCAAAUUGAAGACAGGAACGUCGGCAGUGUUAAGACAGCACUCCGUUGCAUCUGCCGACAGUCAUCAGAUUCCAAUCAUUCCACCGACGCGGACCACCUCAAGACUUGCCACAGAAAACAUUUUAGAAGCCAACAAAAACAUGGGUUGUAGAAAGGCCGGUACAAUCACACAGGGCACAGCCACCAAAAUAUCACAAGCCCUCUUGUCAAAAUCCAUUUUGAAUCCCUUUGACAUUCCUUUCUCGGACAGACGGGUAUCCAGUCCUGACAAUUCUUGCAACACAGCAGGCAACAACGUUGAGAUAUCCUCCAAGCAAACCACCAUCACUACCAAAUCAAUAACAUCGACAACGAAAGCAACCACACUUGGCACAGAGACAACUGCACCAUCUUCAACGACGACCAAUCUAUCGCCCCUCCCCUCCCCCACCUCCUCGCGUUCCAACGAUAAUGCUACAGAGGCAAGCAACCUGCAGCAGAAAACUGACGUCGGCACUUGGAGUCAGGAUAUUUUGAAUUCCAAAAUGUCGGCGAAGGUUAAGCCACCGAUAAUGAAGAAGCCAGCCCGAGUGAGCGAACUAUCGAGAAGGCUGACCAUCGACUCGCAGACCACAUCCCCGUUCAACAAAUCUGCCGAUAAUAGUACAUUAACUUCUAAAGAGUUAUAA